CGCGCUUUCCUCUGCCCGGUAGUGUACAACCCCCCCAUCCCGCCAAAGAAGAAGAGGACCAUGGCGUGUUGAAGGAGGAAGUGCCGGUGAAUAAGCAUGAGUCAGGCAGAUAAGCCGGUCAGACAGAAACUUUCAGUCCGGAGAUUUCCAAACGGGAGCAGCCGUCACUCGUGUCACACUCAUGGAGGGGCACGGUGAGAGCAGCGGCCGCCAAGCCGAACAACACGACGUGACGGACGGUGGAAAUGUCCCCGAGCUUUGGUGUGGGACAGGUGACCCCGCGGUGACAGGCUCGUCCUCAAACCACGACCAGGGGAAGAAGUUAGUCCUUCAUGUGGACCUCAACAACACCAUACUGGUGUCAGACGCCAUAACGGGUCAGGGCACUGUGGCGGCUCUGGACUACUUCCUCACGACUGUCACCUGGGGGAAGAUGAACACACAAGGAAAGUGGGAAUGGCUGAGUGACUCACCCUCCCUGCUCCCGCCAUGCGACGAUGCGGUCAGUUACUACUCCCAGUUUGGACGGACUCCUGGUUUCACCACCGCCGCGGGGCGACGUUUCCGCGGAGUUCUGGACGAACACCUGGAGCUGCUCCGCUGGCCCGAGGGCGUCAAGGGGGACAGAGAGCUGGCUGUUAAAGGAGAGGAUGGACGACUGUACCACUGGAUCCUGCCCUCCUUCUUCCAGCUGCUCAGAGACCUGGUGCAGGAGGGAAGGGAGUUUGCCAUCAUUUUUCGUACGUUCGGAUCUGACCUACCUCGCGUGCUGAGGGCCGUAUCUAAAGCGCUGAAUGAAGGGGCUCAUCCACUGUUCCCUGAUCUGCCUGAUCUCAAGUUAAGUGUGAAUAUGACCCCGGGCCACAUCCACUGCAACAAGAAGGGAGUCGUCCUGAGCCGAGGCAAAGAGCGCGUGUCCACUCGCGAUGGAGAAAGAGGCCUGUACCAGUACCUGAGCUCCGUCCAGGGCCUGGGAGGCUUUCAGGACCACUUUGACUGGUGGGUGUGUAACUCCUACUCGAUUCGUGGAGGGAAGCCGUUGUGGGUCGACCCCUUUGACCACAAUGUUCAGCACAUCUUCAUAGACGACAACGUACGCCUGAAUGACGAGGACACCAUAAUUCAUCCUAAGGUGUUCUUGGACCGGGGUAGCGAUAACACUCGUAUGGCCUGCACCUCUGAGCUCUAUGACCUCACACUUGUCCAGACUGAUCUCCUACGGGCCAUAUCAGACCUAAACUACUUCACUCAGCGUGCCCACAUCUGCAUGGAAAACUAUGACAGGAAUCUUCAGCAGGGGGCAGGCUAGAACACAGUUAAACCUCUGUCUGUCUGUCUGUCUGUGUGACAACCUACAGCUCAGGGUGAUAUUAACCAGACAUAACAGUCCCAGCACACACAGAGGAAGCAGACACAGCAGACUGUAGGUAGACACAUGAUGACUUCUUAAAGCACUGCAAAUGGAUGAUCACAGUUAUUACCUGAAGAAAAAAUAUUUUUAAAAAGUUUCUGACAAAUACUUUAUCUAGUCGAGGCCAGCACUAAAAGAAUGUCAUCUUAUACAAACAGCACUUCACAGAUAGAUUCUGCUGUCCCAGGGUGAACCGCCGCAAAAAGAGUUUUGGACCUAAUGAAGCAGUAAAGUGGCCCGGCCAGACUGUUUGAUUGCAGCAGAGGCUCUGUGACUAAUCACACCCUGGGAUAAUUGCCCUAACUCUCUGAAAUCUGUGUCAGACAGAAUAAUUGGGGUCAGAUAUGGUGAAAAACUCUCCCAAGUGUUUCGUUUUGUUGUGUAGAGAGCAUAAUCCACCGAGGCUUGGCUCUUUUAAUUACCAUGCUCAGGGUGAGACACUUUGAUGUAGCUUGACUUCCAUUGUUUGUCAUCGUCUGCAUUGUUUACAUCCAGUGGAAGGUAAUACUUGAAUGUUUCCAAAUGACUGAGAAGGAAUCGGAAGGAAAUGGGGUAUGACUGUGUUACUUCAGGCUGAUGCCUCAGAGCGCACUGUAAACACAUUAUGAAGGCAGAGCAAUCAGACUUCAAAUACUUUUACAAUAGACAGCAUUCCAUAAGGAACCAACAUGAAUUCAUAACAAAACAAAACGUCCUAAUAUGAUCAGGUAAGGCUAAUCCAGAUCUGUUUGAUUAUACAAAGUAAUAUCUAAACGAUGCACUGAGACGAAUCAUUAGUUUGAACAUGGCUUUGGGGUGCGUUUGCACUGAAAUGUUUACUGCAGUUUUUAUUACUUGAGAACACCCUCGUGUGAAACAUUCAAUAAGUUUUAUUUGUGUGGAAGUUCUGCAAAUUUUUGCUUUGCGGGUUUUAGGGUAUAUUUAUUGAGCUUUAAGCUUUCAGGAAGGGUUGUUAAUGGUUCUGUUUUCCUCGGGUCAGAUUUAGACACAGCUGAAUGCACAUGGUAUCAAUAAUCUAAACACAGGUUUCUGGGAACAGUGGAGUAGUAAUAAUAAUAAUAAUAAUAAUAAUAAUAAUAAUAAUAAUAAUGUUUUUCAUAUAUAUUGAGCACAGAUUUACUUAAACAGAGAACAUGCAAGUGAGUACAUUAAAAAUGUAAAGACAGGCAAUGGUGAGGGUGGUGCUGCAGUUUCCGUGUACAAAAAUGCUACACUCCAUAUACAAGCAUAGACUGAUGAGAGCAUCAACACACUGUAUAUGUUUAUCAGUGAGUUUGAAUAGAAUGAUCAUUAUCAUAUAACACUGUCAAACUAACUCUCAUCACCAGUCAGCAGUGGUCGUUUCCUUUACAGCAGCAAUGAUAACAAGCUUUUUGAAGAAGUAAAUAAACAGUUUGUGUUUAUUGAAUGCUCUAUUACUAUAAAUAUCGAUUUUAUACUGCAGUAAAUUCUUCAUUUAUGCAAGGCAAGUGAUGAACAUGAUUUAUUCAGGUCACCAAACCUGAAAUGUUUCAAUGAUUUUUGUUUGAUUAUCUAAAAAUACAGUAAGCUUCAGUCAUACUGUAUUUCUGUGAAGAUUAAAGAGAUGCUUGCAGACACAUAAUGCACUGAUUCAAACUAUGAAACAUUCAAACUAUUAAGCGAGUUAAUACGAGGUGGCUGUAUUCUCAGUUAGUUUGUGUUUUGUACUUUGAAUAGAAGAAGAGUAUUUUGUGGUGAACUUUGCACUUUGCAUUGAGUUUUGCACACUGAAACCUCUGUGAAAACUUUGCUCAAGCAUUUAUGAAAUAUUGUAACAUUAUGCAUUGAAGUCACAUCCACAUCACAAGAUCAUCAUCAGUUCUGCUGGUGACAUCAAAACUUGAACAUUUUCAUAUAUUUGUGUUUCUGAUAUUAAUAUUGACAUAUGUUAAAUAAAUCUUUAUGUUUUUGGUUAAACC